GUUGAUUAAACCAUGUCUUCCAAACGUGGAACGCUACACGGAAUAGAGUUGGACGAAAAACCGAGCCCACUGAAAAAGAAGCUGGGUGAUCUAAGAGUUAAAGAUACUAACAUAUUAGGUGAUGGCAAUUAUGUGGAUGUAGAACUGGAAGCAGUCGUCGACAGCUCUAAUCCAAAGAAAAGAAAGACCCACGCGGCAAAACCUGCAGAAUCUCCCGCGUUGAAUUGCCCACCGAUUAAUGCUCAAGACUAUGACUUUGCCGAGCCUUCGACCAAUGAGAAACUUGAUUGCCGGGCCCAAGAUUAUACCGAAGGCGUCACCGAAGUCACAACUUCAGAAAUCCUUACCGAGAACAUGGAGCUUCCUACUCAAUUCUUGGAUGUCGAUGGACUGUUAGCUGACAACUUGGAGUGGUGGAACAUUGUCCCACAUGAAAGUGAAGCUGAUGAUGCUGGCAAUGAAGCUGAUGAUGAAGUUGGGGCUGGCGGUCAUUAUGUGCCUGUCAAAGUUCUGGAUUCAGAUGACAUUAAUGAUUUCUUUGAUCAAUCUGAAUUGCUUGAAGAAUUAAAAGAGUUAAGUAACAUGCAAAAAGCUAUGUCUGCUAUGGCUAGGGAUCAAGACGAGUCAGAUGAACAAUUAUUUUCAAAUUCACAACUUACUGUGAAGGAAACUGUCAUUUUGCUUUUGGGGAUUAUCACAAGGCACCAACUUUCUGGAGUUGCCCUUGAUGACAUUUUGGCUUUAAUCCACCUUAUUUGCCCCAAAGAAAACAGAAUGCCAAAAGAUUCCAAAGAAGUUUUCUCCUUUUUCCAAACUCAGUCACAAAAAAUUGUUAAACAUUUCUAUUGCCCAAACAAGAACUGCCAAUCAUAUGUUGGUACCAUGUUACCUGCAGAAGAAACAUGUGGCCUUUGUCGGUUGAAGUUAACACAGGAGGCAAUGUUUCUGGAAAUACCAGUACAAGAACAACUAAAGACAGUCCUGACAGGUACAUUGGCAAUUUUAAUGCAAUUAAGUGUUAAAAUUGAUGGAAUUGAAGAAAAGACUAUUAAAGGUAUCCUCCUUGAUACAACCAUGGACUCUCCAGCAAGAUCUUUUUGGUUAAACACAAGGCAGUUCAAUGGGUACAAUGGGUGCAGCACAUGUACUGAGCCUGGGGAACAACUGGACCUUGGACCAGGAAAGAAAAAUGCUAGACGACAAUGCCACAUUUACCCCUUUAAUAAAGAAUUUGCACAAACCACGGGACAUGCUGAACUUAGGACACAUAAUGUGGUCAAGCAUCAGGCUCUUUACUUAUUGGCAUGUCUCAAAUUUCUGAAAGAGGAAAGGUUUAUGACCGAGGAAGGGAGCCUUUUACAUCUAGCUUUCCUUGUUGGUGGAGUUUACCGCCUUUUAGAGGACAGUAUUUCUGAAACAGACAUGCAAGAGGCUGGCGUGUUCCUAAAACUUUAUUGUGCACAAGCACCAUUCUUAUACG